GAGGUCACAGCUUGCAGGCCAGGUUAGGGCAGGAGUAUGGUAGAGAUGCUGCCAACUGUCGCUGUGCUGGUCUUGGCAGUGUCCGUGGUUGCCAAGGAUAACAUCACGUGUGAGUGUGGAGGUACAAAGACUGGAUCCCUCUUCUUGGUUUGAGCAGUUUCCUGGUCUCUCCUCAGUGGCCCCUGUGGGUUACGAUUCAGGCAGAACCCACAAGCAGGUGUCCGGAUUGUUGGAGGGCAGACUGCGCAGCCUGGGGCCUGGCCCUGGAUGGUCAGCUUACAGAUCUUCACGUCCCAUAACAGCCGCAGGUAUCACGCCUGUGGAGGCAGCCUACUGAACUCCCACUGGGUGCUCACAGCGGCUCACUGCUUUGAUAACAAAAAAAAAGUCUAUGACUGGAGACUGGUUUUUGGAGCACACGAAAUUGAAUACGGAAGAAACACGCCAGUGAAAGAGCCUCAGCAGGAGAGAUACGUGCAGAAAAUUGUCAUCCACGAGAAAUACAACGUUGUGACAGAGGGGAACGACAUUGCUCUCUUGAAAAUCACUCCUCCUGUUACAUGCGGGAACUUCAUUGGGCCCGGAUGCCUACCUCAUUUUAAGGCUGGUCCUCCCAAAAUCCCCCACACCUGCUACGUGACUGGGUGGGGAUAUAUAAAAGAGAAGGCCCCCAGGCCAUCACCUGUCCUGAUGGAGGCACGUGUGGAUCUCAUUGACCUCGACCUGUGUAACUCAACCCAGUGGUACAAUGGGCGUGUCACAUCAACUAAUGUGUGUGCAGGGUAUCCUGAAGGCGAGAUUGACACCUGCCAGGGGGACAGUGGUGGGCCUCUCAUGUGCAGAGACAACGUCGACAGCCCCUUUGUGGUCGUGGGGAUCACGAGCUGGGGGGUAGGCUGUGCCCGUGCUAAGCGUCCUGGAGUCUACACUGCCACUUGGGACUACCUGGACUGGAUCGCUUCCAAGAUUGGCCCUAACGCCUUGCACUUGAUCCAGCCAGCCACCCCUCACCCGCCUACUACCCGCCAACCAGUCGUCUCUUUCCACCCUCCUUCUCUUCGCCCUCCUUGGUAUUUCCAACACCUGCCUCCUCGACCACUUCACCUACGACCGCCUCGGCCUCCGCGGCCUCCGCUCCAUCGGCCCUCUGCAGCUCAAACCUCAACACUCAUGCCCCUCCUCCUGCCCCCAACCCCAUCCCAACCUGCAUCCUUUACUAUUGCUACACACCACACGAGACGCCGCACCACGCUGUCUUUUGCUCGGCGUCUACAGCGUCUCAUAGAGGCCCUGAAGAUGAGAACUUACCCUAUGAGAUAUCCCUCCCGGUACAGUGGACCAAUGAACUACCACCACCACCUCUCCACGUUUGAGCCCCUUUCCUACAAAUCCAGCGAGCCCCUCCUCCAUUCCUGAGAAAAGAGAAAUGAGUGAAAAUAAAGCUUAUAUUUGUAUAUAAAUAUGUACACACGAGGACAUGGUUUCUGGACUUCUAUUUUCUCCAACUCAACCCAAAUCCUCCUCCGUCAACUUCACACCCUCCCUUCCUCCCUCAGCUCCAAUAAAAUGGAAUUGCUCAAUA